GGAUUUAAACCUCAGCGGCCGGCGGUUAACGGCAGGCUCGACGCGGGGGUGGGGGGAAAGUGCGCCUGCGCCAGCUACGCGAACGCUAACAGAAUCUGCGGUGCUCUGCUGGCGGCUGGCAGGACGCGGUGUAGAGAGUGGACUUCGACGACGCGGGUUUUUUUUUAAAAUUGAAUGUAAAUGCCAAUCAAGAUACAUUGAAAUAAGAAGGUCCUACAGUGUAGGGGAAGCAAUGGAAGAACUUCUACCUGAUGGACAAACAUGGGCUAAUAUGGAUCCAGAAGAACGAAUGUUGGCAGCUGCUACAGCUUUUACCCACAUCUGUGCAGGGCAGGGUGAAGGAGAUGUUAGGAGAGAAGCCCAAUCUACCCAAUAUGAUCCCUACAGUAAAGCUUCAAUAGCUGCAGGAAAGCGACCUGCUCUUCCUGUGCAACUACAGUACCCACAUGUAGAAAGUAAUGUCACUUCUGAAACAGUCUCUGAGGCCUCCCAAAGACUCCGAAAGCCAGUGAUGAAGAGAAAGGUGCUGCGUAGAAAGCCAGAUGGGGAAGUAUUAGUAACAGAUGAGUCGAUUAUCAGUGAAUCAGAAUCUGGUACAGAAAAUGAUCAGGGUCUCUGGGACUUAAGACAAAGGCUGAUGAAUGUGCAGUUCCAGGAAGACAAGGAAUCUUCAUUUGAUAUUUCACAAAAAUUUAAUCCACCACAUGAAUACCAAGGAAUUUCUCAAGAUCAGCUCAUUUGCUCUCUACAAAGAGAAGGAAUGGGCUCUCCAGCUUACGAACAAGACCUGAUUGUUGCCAGCAGACCCAAGUCCUUUAUUCUCCCAAAGCUGGACCAGUUAAGCCGAAACCGGGGCAAGACAGACCGGGUAGCCCGGUAUUUUGAGUACAAACGGGACUGGGAUUCAAUACGUUUACCUGGUGAAGAUCAUAGGAAGGAAUUACGCUGGGGUGUCCGAGAGCAGAUGCUUUGUCGAGCAGAACCCCAGUCCAAACCUCAGCACAUAUAUGUCCCAAACAAUUAUCUAGUACCAACAGAGAAGAAAAGGUCUGCACUUCGUUGGGGUGUUCGUUGUGACCUUGCAAAUGGUGUCAUACCCAGGAAGCUUCCCUUCCCUCUUUCUCCUUCUUAAAUCUUUUUAAACUUCUUUCACAGGAUUGUUUGAGAUAACCCAGCUCUUUAUAUCUUUCCUUUUAAAUAGAAACAAUUGUCUUGAAAAGCUCUUAGAAACAUCUUACAGUAAGGACUUCACCUAUCAUUGGUCUUUCCUAGCUAUAUAUCACAUUGGUAUCAGAUAAUACUUCCAAAUUGCCACUCAAAUCCAGCAGUUGCAAGAUAAAUCAUCAGAAAGAACAACAGACCUGGUCUUUCUAUUUUGUCGAAUUAGUAAGGGCCCUUUGUGUCCUGUAACCUUUUUUACCUAUCAUUGUGAGUUGCUGUGCUUUAAUGUGUGUUUUUUAAGUUGCUGGGCAUUACACUUAUCAAUUAAAGUAUUUUGGAAAUU